GUCACUAAGGUACAAGAAAAAAAUAGGAAUCAUAAUCACUUCAAAUCUAAAGUUCUCAUCAAGUCUCUUAUAUAAACAUCUCCACUCCUCAAAAAUCACAAACAAUGCCUUUAAGUUUUGGAUCGGUCCCUAUCUUGGCCGCGGUGGCCAUACAACUCCUCCUUAUAUCCAGCGUUUCUUCCCUCAACAUUACCAAUGAGUAUCUCCACCACGCAUGCAACAACACCCAAGGGAAAUACAAGCCAGGGAGUGUGUUCGAGGAAAAUCUCAACAUUGCCCUCAAAAACAUAUCCGCUUUUAAUCUGCAAAAAGGUUUUGCCCUUGACUCCAAUAUGAAUAGACCCUACAAAAAUAUACCUCCCGAUACCGCCUUCGUCAUGCUCCAGUGUCGUGGCGACUCCUACGGGUCUAAGUGUCACUCAUGCCUCACCACAGCCCUCUCUGGGCUUCGUAAGAAAUGUCCGAGAAACAAAGCAGGAACAAUAUGGUAUGACCAAUGCACUCUGGAUAUUUCUACAUUCAGUGCCGGUGACAGCAGAAUCCUCUAUGAUGAUUAUUUAUGUAUAACCAACCCAAAGGACCUGAGCGGAGAUAAGAAGAUGUUCGAUAAGAAAAAGAAGGAUUUCACCGAUAAGCUAAUAUCUGAAGCCGGCAAGUUGGGAAACAACAGCAAGGGGUCACUGUACGCAACGGGAGAGAUGAUGAUCGGGACAAAGAAGCUUUAUGGAAUGAUGCAAUGUACGGAUGAGUUAUAUGAGAAUGGUUGCUCUGUGUGUCUAGAUUGGCUUGUCUUGCAACAUCCAUUCUGCGGCGAUGGAAAACAAGGAGUUCGAUAUAUGUGUAGAAGCUGUAAUGCAAGGUUUGAGCUUUACCCUUUUCUUAGAACUUAAUACUGUUUGAUGGGAGCUCUUAAUUUGCUUUAUGUUUGAAUAAGUACUAUAUCAAGAAAUAAAAAUUGUUAACCUCUUUGUGGUUUAUUUUCUGGUUAAA